AUGACCGAUUAUAGCUCAGGAGGAGAGGCUCCGCACUUCGUGGCGCCUGUAAUUCAAGAUAAUCAAGCCGGAUGGGGACCCUGUGAAGUGCCAGAUCAGUUUAAGGAUAUGCCUUAUCAACCCUUCAGUAAAGGUGACCGGCUAGGAAAAAUUAGUGAUUGGACUGGAGCUGCUUUUCAAGAUAAAAAAUAUGCUAAUAAAUAUGCUUCCCAAUUUGGCUCAGGUAGCCAGUAUGCAUAUUACCAUGAUGAAGAUGAAAGCACUUUCCAUUUGGUUGACACUACCAGAGUUCAGAAACCCCCAUACCAGCGAGGUAGAUUCCGUGCUAAUCAACGUAAUUUGCGUGGAAGGGGUGGUAGAGCUAAUGUCCAAAGCGGUGGCAUGCAAGCUCUUGGUAAGGGUGUUAAGACAAGGACACAUACAAGAGGAGUCAAGUUAAGAGAUGGGGGCAAGCCUCAAAUAAAAAUAAGGGAUGCAUCAGUUACUGUAAGACCAGACUGGAGUACUAUUGAGGAAAUGGACUUCCCCAGACUUGGAAAAUUAUCUCUACCAGGAAUUAAGGAUGGUGACGAUGUUUUGUGCUGUGGUGAACUGGAAUAUUACGAUAAAUCUUACGAUCGUGUCAAUGUUAAAAAUGAGAAGGCUUUACAAAGUUACUACUACAGACGAUCCCGUUAUCAGAAAAUUGACAAAACUGAAGGCAAUGUAUAUGCCACAGAUGCAAUUUUGGCCACCAUAAUGUGUUGUACUCGUUCCAAUUAUUCUUGGGAUAUUGUUAUUGAAAAAAUAGGCGACAAACUAUUUUUUGACAAGAGAGACAACACAGAAUUUGAUUUACUGACUGUAAAUGAAACAUCCGUUGAGCCUCCUCAAGAUGAUGGCAACUCCUUAAAUUCACCUAGAAAUUUGGCUCUGGAAGCUACAUUCAUUAACCACAAUUUCAGCCAACAAGUACUGAAAAUAGGCGCAAAUGAACCACGAUACAAAUUUGAUGAUCCAAACCCAUUCAUAUCAGAAGAAGAGGAGGGGGAAAUUGCUAGCGUUGCUUAUAGAUACCGCAAAUGGGAUCUUGGAGGAGGAAUUACAUUGGUUGCUCGUUGUGAACACGAUGCCGUAGUCCAAUCUCCUAAUGGUGAACUCCAAUUCCUUACCAUAAAGGCACUAAACGAAUGGGAUUCUAAACUGGCCAACGGAGUUGAAUGGCGCCAAAAACUGGAUACCCAACGAGGUGCCGUUCUAGCUAACGAACUCCGCAAUAACGCUUGCAAACUGGCGAAAUGGACUGUCCAGGCACUUCUGGCUGGAAGUGAUCAAAUUAAAUUCGGUUAUGUAUCUCGUGCUCACGUCAGAGAUAACAGCAAACAUACAUUGGUUGCUCGUUGUGAACACGAUGCCGUAGUCCAAUCUCCUAAUGGUGAACUCCAAUUCCUUACCAUAAAGGCACUAAACGAAUGGGAUUCUAAACUGGCCAACGGAGUUGAAUGGCGCCAAAAACUGGAUACCCAACGAGGUGCCGUUCUAGCUAAUGAACUCCGCAAUAACGCUUGCAAACUGGCGAAAUGGACUGUCCAGGCACUUCUGGCUGGAAGUGAUCAAAUUAAAUUCGGUUAUGUAUCUCGUGCUCACGUCAGAGAUAACAGCAAACAUGAUCCAAAUAAGCCCAUGAUCCGUCUCUAUGAUAUUCCCGAUAACACUUUUGAAUCCGAUGGGGAAACCGAAUCUGACGACGACGUCCCAGAAAGCUCUACAGCGUUUCCGUUGUAUUCGUACAGUUCCAGUUCCAAACGUUAG